UUGGCAGUGUAAAGGUAAUGGAUGUGUUCCAGAUCAUAGGUUGUAAUGUGGCAACAGGAAAGUAGAACAGGUUCCAAACACUUCCAGGCUGUAAAAAUUAUAGACAGUGCAAAACAAUAUGCAAGGAAGGCAGGCACUGUCACUCUAGUGUUCACCCCAAUCUGACCCACGACCUCUGACCCUGAACCUUCCAGGUCACGCUGCUCCUGUACGACACCACCCGCAUGAGGUCGCUCAUCUCCAAGUCGGUCGUCAUCGGCAACAACGAUGCCGACGAGUAUCCAUGGAGACAGAACGCAAACAAGUACUACGUGCACGUCAUCCUCAGCCUGUUCCUGUUCGUCUGGUUCCUCCUGGGGAACUACUGGGUGUUCUCUGUGUUCCAGCCUAACUUCAUUACACCCUUCCACCAGCCACAGGACUACUGCAGGAAGUCUCUGUACCUAUUUGCUGUGUUUGUGUUGACGCUCAGCCACACCGUGCUGCUCCUGCUACUCUGCUGUGGGGUCUGUGUACACGUCUGCUCUCAGACCAGCACCAGGGACGACUACGGGGAUAGUGAUGAAGACUGAGUGACUGACUGGCUGGCUGGAUGACUGACUCAGAGAAGCAUACAGAUGUUGGAUUUUAAUUUGAUCAUCCUGUUUUCGCAGGAAUGUUCUUGCGCAGCAGGAAAUACAAGCGUGUAGUGUAUCUGAGUUUUAAAAGGGCUUCUGAAGUUUGUAAUUUCCACUUUGAAAUUUCAGACUUGAUUUUCCCUUACAAAAAUUAUACUGUAAUUUCCAGUAAUUAUAAUCCACAUAAUCAUUUACAUUUCCUGUUUCCUGCUGUAGCAAACUGUCUCAAAUAAAGAUCCUACAUCUGUACAGAAAGAUUGUAGAGCACUGGGGCAUUGCAGUUAGAUGGUUCUGUAGUUAGUAGAACAGUGGGGCAUUGCAGUUAGAUGGUUCUGUAGUUAGUAGAACAGUGGAGCAUUGCAGUUAGAUGGUUCUGUAGUUAGUAGAACAGUGGGGCAUUGCAGUUAGAUGGUUCUGUAGUUAGUAGAACAGUGGGGCAUUGCAGUUAGAUGGUUCUGUAGUUAGUAGAACAGUGGAGCAUUGCAGUUAGAUGGUUCUGUAGUUAGUAGAACAGUGGAGCAUUGCAGUUAGAUGGUUCUGUAGUUAGUAGAACAGUGGGACAUUGCAGUUAGAUGGUUCUGUAGUUAGUAGAACAGUGGGACAUUGCAGUUAGAUGGUUCUGUAGUUAGUAGAACAGUGGGACAUUGCAGUUAGAUGGUUCUGUAGUUAGUAGAACAGUGGGGCAUUGCAGUUAGAUGGUUCUGUAGUUAGUAGAACAGUGGGACAUUGCAGUUAGAUGGUUCUGUAGUUAGUAGAACAGUGGGACAUUGCAGUUAGAUGGUUCUGUAGUUAGUAGAACAGUGAAGCAUUGCAGUUAGAUGGUUCUGUAGUUAGUAGAACAGUGGGACAUUGCAGUUAGAUGGUUCUGUAGUUAGUAGAACAGUGGGGCAUUGCAGUUUGAUGGUUCUGUAGUUAGUAGAACAGUGGAGCAUUGCAGUUAGAUGGUUCUGUAGUUAGUAGAACAGUGGGACAUUGCAGUUAGAUGGUUCUGUAGUUAGUAGAACAGUGGGACAUUGCAGUUAGAUGGUUCUGUAGUUAGUAGAACAGUGGGGCAUUGCAGUUAGAUGGUUCUGUAGUUAGUAGAACAGUGGGACAUUGCAGUUAGAUGGUUCUGUAGUUAGUAGAACAGUGGGACAUUGCAGUUAGAUGGUUCUGUAGUUAGUAGAACAGUGGGAGCAUUGCAGUUAGAUGGUUCUGUAGUUAGUAGAACAGUGAAGCAUUGCAGUUAGAUGGUUCUGUAGUUAGUAGAACAGUGGGACAUUGCAGUUAGAUGGUUCUGUAGUUAGUAGAACAGUGGGGCAUUGCAGUUUGAUGGUUCUGUAGUUAGUAGAACAGUGGAGCAUUGCAGUUAGAUGGUUCUGUAGUUAGUAGAACAGUGGGACAUUGCAGUUAGAUGGUUCUGUAGUUAGUAGAACAGUGGGACAUUGCAGUUAGAUGGUUCUGUAGUUAGUAGAACAGUGGGGCAUUGCAGUUAGAUGGUUCUGUAGUUAGUAGAACAGUGGGACAUUGCAGUUAGAUGGUUCUGUAGUUAGUAGAACAGUGGGACAUUGCAGUUAGAUGGUUCUGUAGUUAGUAGAACAGUGGGGCAUUGCAGUUAGAUGGUUCUGUAGUUAGUAGAACAGUGGGACAUUGCAGUUAGAUGGUUCUGUAGUUAGUAGAACAGUGGGGCAUUGCAGUUUGAUGGUUCUGUAGUUAGUAGAACAGUGGAGCAUUGCAGUUAGAUGGUUCUGUAGUUAGUAGAACAGUGGGACAUUGCAGUUAGAUGGUUCUGUAGUUAGUAGAACAGUGGAGCAUUGCAGUUAGAUGGUUCUGUAGUUAGUAGAACAGUGGGGCAUUGCAGUUAGAUGGUUCUGUAGUUAGUAGAACAGUGGAGCAUUGCAGUUAGAUGGUUCUGUAGUUAGUAGAACAGUGGGGCAUUGCAGUUAGAUGGUUCUGUAGUUAGUAGAACAGUGGAGCAUUGCAGUUAGAUGGUUCUGUAGUUAGUAGAACAGUGGGGCAUUGCAGUUUGAUGGUUCUAUAGUUAGUAGAACAGUGGGACAUUGCAGUUAGAUGGUUCUGUAGUUAGUAGAACAGUGGAGCAUUGCAGUUAGAUGGUUCUGUAGUUAGUAGAACAGUGGAGCUUGCAGUUUAAUGGUUCUGUAGUUAGUAGAACAGUGGGACAUUGCAGUUAGAUGGUUCUGUAGUUAGUAGAACAGUGAAGCAUUGCAGUUAGAUGGUUCUGUAGUUAGUAGAACAGUGGAGCAUUGCAGUUUGAUGGUUCUAUAGUUAGUAGAACAGUGGAGCAUUGCAGUUAGAUGGUUCUGUAGUUAGUAGAACAGUGGAGCUUGCAGUUUGAUGGUUCUGUAGUUAGUAGAACAGUGGAGCUUGCAGUUUAAUGGUUCUGUAGUUUGUAGAACAGUGGGACAUUGCAGUUAGAUGGUUCUGUAGUUAGUAGAACAGUGAAGCAUUGCAGUUAGAUGGUUCUGUAGUUAGUAGAACAGUGGAGCAUUGCAGUUUGAUGGUUCUAUAGUUAGAAGAACAGAGCGACAGGUGAGGUUGGGUGUGUAACGUCUGGGAGAUAUGAGCGCAGGGAAAGACUCACCUUAGCAUAACUAACAGAAGUUCUAGGCCUCUAUACGUGACCUAGACAGUUGCACUAGGAAAGAAGAGUCAUUCUGGUGGCAGCUCCCAAACAAAUCUUGUGAAAUCUACAUGUAUCAUAUGUAACCACACAGGUGGGCCUAGAAGCCUGUUGUUAACUUGACUCUGCAUCAUGUGUGGGUGUUUUUGUGCAAUGUAAUUGUCUUUUUAGAUAUUAAAUUACACAAAUGAAACAUGUACUACAAUUCUACAUAUGUUUCAUGUACUUUGUAGGGUCUGAAAUGAAUUUACAAGGCAUGUUUUAUAUACAGUUCCAGAUCAACAUUUGAUCAAUACAGGUGUCAGCAUGUACAGUAUAUUGUGUUUAACUCAAUGUAGGAUUUUAGCACUAAUAUUUAUUAAUUCAUGUUUGCACUUUAUAUAGUAUUUUAAAUCAUUUUGUUUGUCAGGAGGCAAUGUGCACUGUUACAUUAGGCUCUUGACUUGUGGAAGAUACUUUUUGAACGCCGCCAAUCUAACAGUACAGCAAUACUACUGCACCAUCUAGUGGUCAAAUCAAGUACUAUGAAAGCGUAAUCUCACGACAGCUCAUUUUUUAAAUGUCAUUAUAAUCUUUAGUGGGUGUGAUGAAUAAUCUCUCAAUUGAAUUGGUGUUCAUUUUUUAUCAUAAGGACAUUUGAAUGCAAAUAAAUAAUACAUUUUUCAGAAGUCUUACACAAUCAUUCAUGAAAUCUAUUUAUUUUGGAGGCAGUAGCUAAAUAGGCCAUAAAUUCCACUCUGAUAUGUCUAC